AUGGAGUCGUCACUUGGAAAGUUAAUUUCUAAAUCUCUAAAGAGACCUGGCGAUUUAUUUUUCCUCACCCAUGGCAGCGAACUGGCCUCUCCUGACCUGCAGACUAAAAAAUUUCGCAUGACUUACAAGGCAAGCAUGGAGUACAGUGGACUUAAACCGACGGCCCAUCGGCAAAAUCCCGCCGCCGACUGCGAUGAAUCGUCCAAUGCUCUUCCCCUUGAUCCAAAUCCUAAUACUGCUAGGAGCCCUUCAAUCACCCAAGGAGCUCAAAACGCUGAUUUGUUUUUGAGUUCCGCACCCAACAAGGCCAAGGCGCUGAUUAAUAUUGCUGAUGGCACUUCCGUUUUUUUUGCUCCUGGUUCGCCCCGUUCCCGCGAUCAGAGGUGUUCAACAACAACGCUGGAUCUAGCCCGAAAUUGGCCACGUCCCAUUUGGCAUAGCCCGUGGAAGAUUUACAGGGUCAUCAGUGGCCACCUAGGAUGGGUUCGCUGUGUUGCUUUUGAUCCAAGCAACAGAUGGUUCUGUACAGGAUCUGCAGACCGGACAAUCAAAAUAUGGGACGUAGCAAGCGGGACGCUACAACUUUCUCUUACCGGACACACUGGGCAAAUACGAAGCCUUGCUCUUAGCACCAGGCAACCCUAUUUGUUCUCGGCUGGCGAUGACAAACAAGUCAAAUGCUGGGACCUUGAACAGAACAAGGUUAUCCGUUCGUAUCACGGUCAUCUUAGUGGCGUCUACAGCAUGGCUCUCCAUCUGACUCUUGAUGUUUUAGUCACCGGGGGACGGGAUAGCGUAUGCCGUGUUUGGGAUGUUCGUCUCAAGAAUGCGCAAGUUCAUGCAUUGACUGGGCACGAAGAUGCAGUUUGCUCCCUUCUCACCCUCCCAACAGAUCCACAAGUUAUUAGUGGGUCUCACGAUACAACUAUCAAGCUGUGGGACCUUAGAAAGGGAAAAACCUUUUCAACUUUAACGCAUCAUAAGAAAUCGGUACGGGCAAUGACACAUCAUCCUAAGGUAGAUCGGGGUAAUUGCUUCGCAUCGGCUUCGACAAACACCAUAAAAAAGUUCAACCUUCCGAGGGGUGAGUUUUUGCACAACAUGCUCUCCCAACACAAGUCCAUUAUCAACGCGAUGGCCGUCAAUGAAGAUGGAGUUAUGGCUACAGGAGGCGACAACGGUAGCUUGUGGUUUUGGGAUUGGAAGAGCGGCCACAACUUCCAGCAAUCCCAAACAAUUGCACAACCGGGCUCGCAGGAGAGUGAAGCUGGGAUUUAUGCUGAAACACCCCAACCCCAUUUUAUUUAAAAUUUUUUUUUAAGGUCUUAAUUGGUGAGCCCGUAGGGCCCACCUUAUAUUUUUUUUUGUUUUCCCCCGGUCUCUCUCUUCCUUCUUCGUCUCUCUCCCCCAUAACUCUCCCUUAGCUCUCUCCCUCUCAGCUAUCCCGUACCUCUCUCCCUCAACCUCUCGCAUCUCUCUCUUCCCCUGGACUCACUAGGACCGAGUCACCAUCGAAGAGAGGCUCGCAACGAACUAGGGAUCCCUGCACUGCGGCUCGACGACACGGAGCAAAGCUCCGGCGAGUUUUCCCCAUUUUUUUCCGUCGGGUUUUUGCUUCGGAACGGUCGUGGGUGAGCACACCCACUUUUCCGGUGAACCCGUGCACCCCGAGGACUUUCCCGGUCACCUCCGACCGAGUUACGACGUUUGGAAGGUAAAAUUGCUAGUGGAGAAAUUCUAAAUCCUUAUUCGCGCGACUCUUCUGCUAAGGAAUAUUUGACUUAGAAUCAAGGCACCUAAUCCCGGCGUGGAGACACUUCCGCAGCAGCAUCUUCGGAUCCUCUCGAUGUAGGACCCACUCCUUUAUUCAUUAAAUUUUAUCUUAAUUCCUUUUAAUGAUUAGGUUUAAUUGUAUGCUCUGAGCACGUUCCUAAAUUAUAAAUUCUUGGUAUUUUAAAUUCAUAACCCUUAUUUAUUUCUUA